UUGUUGAAUUGGUGAGGAAGAAGAAGAAACUUGAAUUCUAAGGAAAAACUUGAUGUUGAUAUUGACUGACACAGUGACGUGUCCUCACAGUUGAAGCUCACCUUUCCAACGGCAACUAACAAGGGCAUUUUGGUAAUUUAAAUACGUGAAAGCUUCAUCUGAAAGCAGCUUGCGAGCUCACCUCUCACACCCCACUCCACCGGUUGCCAUUAACACCUGAAAAAAGGAUUAUACUCAAUUCACACUUGCACUUUUUUCAUCCAAUCCUACUGUGUGUGUGUGUGUGUGUUCUUGUUCUUUGUCUGAGCUAUUUUUUGUUUUUCUGGGAAAAUUGGUACACAUUUGAGGAAAAGCUGAAAUGGAACGUGGGUCAAGCUCAGAAUAUCAAGAUAAGGGUGAUACAAAAAAGGGUCCAACACUGGGUUCUGUGCUACCGACACUUGAUCCAUUUGUACCAAGAAAAGGUCACGAUCCGAGAGAGUUGAGAUCUUGGGCUAAGAGGACUGGGUUUGUAUCCAAUUUCUCUGGAGAAACUGGGAGUAGUGUGAGUCAGAGGGAUCAGAAUCAGAAGAGUGGUGGGGAUGAGCUUGAUUUGGAGAAGGGCCAUGAGAGAAAUGGGUCUUCCUCGCCCAAAAUUGAGAUUGAUCCGGUUCUGGGGCGGACAAAGAAUCGUGGGACUGAAAUUGAUCCGGCUCUGGGGGCUGGGAAUGGAUUGGCUGCGAAAGAGAGAGACGGGGUUUUGGGUUUUAGGGAUGGAACAGUGAGAACUGAAAAUCAGAGGGGAAGAAUUGGAAAUGAACCUACUUUAGGGGUUAGAGAUGAUGAAAGGAGAAUUGGUUUGACCAGCAGUGGGAUUGGGAAUGGUGAAAUUAGUGGUAAUGGGCAUGGUGUUCAGACAACUUCUCCGAUUCCGGUAACUACUCCUACGGUUAUGGAGCCCAAGAAAGACGAUGGAAAUGUGAAAGAUGAUGGAAAUGAGGAAAGAGAAAGGAGUAUUGAUGCAUAUCCUGAUGGUGAAGAGCCUGGGGAUGCAGCAUGGAGCAGGUCUUUGAGACUGAAGUGUGGGCCCACAGAAAACCCUGGUUUCGUACCACUUAUAUAUUAUGGUCUGCAGCAUUAUUUAUCAUUGGCUGGUUCGCUUAUUUUCAUUCCCUUGAUCAUGGUACCUGCCAUGGGUGGAACUGAUAAGGAUACUGCCACAGUAAUUUCCACAAUGCUAUUAGUUUCUGGCAUUACCACUGUACUGCACUCGUAUUUUGGUACCCGGCUUCCAUUGGUUCAAGGGAGCUCAUUUGUGUAUUUGGCACCGGCCUUGGUCAUAAUGAAUUCUCGCGAGCUUCGAAAUCUUACUGAGCAUAAAUUUAGGCAUAUAAUGAGGGAAUUGCAAGGUGCCAUAAUUGUUGGUUCACUUUUCCAAAGCAUCUUGGGUUUCAGUGGUUUAAUGUCCCUUCUCCUAAGGUUGAUAAACCCAAUUGUGGUUGCCCCUACCAUCACUGCAGUGGGCUUAGCAUUUUUCAGCUAUGGUUUUCCACAAGCUGGUAGUUGUGUGGAAAUUAGUCUUCCACUGAUACUAUUGGUUCUUAUUUUCACAUUGUACCUCCGAGGGAUAUCUGUAUUUGGACAUCGAGUUUUUCAAAUUCAGGCGGUCCCCAUGAGUGUUGUAAUUAUAUGGGUGUAUGCAUUCUUCUUGACAGCUGGUGGAGCAUAUAAUUACAAAGGCUGCAGUUCUGACAUACCCAGUUCCAACAUCUUGACUGAUGCUUGUAGACAGCAUGCAUAUACCAUGAAGCAUUGCAGGACUGAUGUUUCCAAUGCUUUAAGAACCGCCGCAUGGGUCAGGAUUCCCUACCCUUUGCAGUGGGGUAUUCCUAUAUUCCGACUUAGGACUUCAAUCAUGAUGAUCAUUGUUUCAUUGGUCGCAUCAGUGGACUCGGUUAGUCAUAUAUAAUCCAAACAAAACAAUAGAAGAAAAUGCUCCAUCACGGAAACAAAUUCCGAUUCAAAGUUGUACAUCCGCCAAUCUCAUCUUUACGAAUAUUUGCAAUUAGCCAGCCUAUUAUCUUGUACAAAGUGACUCAUUGUGGUAUGGGGGGGCAAAGCCAUUAUCCUUAUGUUAGAUGGAAAUAUUGUCCCUUCUCACUUCCUGUGAAACGAUGGAAGCAUUUUGCUAACAGAGCCGGAUUAAUGCGUUUUCUGGAGACUAAUAAUUGCAAUGUUGUUAGCACACAAUACACUUAAACUGAAGGAGAUGUUUUUCAGGAUACUAAAAUGAUAGUUAUGUUUGUGCAUUAGAGCACUUACAGUAGAAUGAUUGUUAGAUCUAAACUUGAUGUUAUAUCUGCACCUUACCAGGUUGGGACAUAUCACUCUGCAUCCAUGAAAAUCAAUGCAAAGCCUCCUACCCCUGGUAUUGUCAGUAGAGGAAUUGGUUUGGAAGGUUUUUCUAGUUUACUGGCUGGACUUUGGGGCUCAGGGACUGGGUCAACAACCUUGACAGAAAAUGUACACACUAUUGAAAUAACGAAGGUAGCAAGUCGAAGGGCUGUGGAACUCGGAGCAGUUUUCCUGAUCCUCUCUUCCUUCAUAGGGAAAGUGGGUGCCAUUCUUGCUUCUAUACCACAGGCUUUGGCUGCCGCCAUACUCUGCUUUGUGUGGGCUCUAAUUGUUGCAUUAGGUUUCCGAACAUUGCAGUAUAGCCAAACAGCAAGUUUUAGAAACAUAACAAUAGUUGGCGUUUCACUCUUCCUUGGUUUAUCGAUACCUGCAUAUGUUCAGCAGCAUCAAUCCGAGUCCAGCUUGAUUCUGCCUAGUUAUUUGGUACCUUAUGCAGCAGCAUCGAGUGGACCAACCCACACUGGUGAUAAACAACUUGAUUUUGCGAUAAACGGGCUUUUGUCAUUGAACAUGGUUAUGACUCUCUUGAUAGCAUUUGUACUAGACAACACUGUCCCAGGGAGCAAGCAAGAGCGAGGGGUGUACAUAUGGUCAAGUGCUGAAGAUAUAUUGACAGAUUCAUCUGCUCUUUCGAUAUAUUCCCUACCAAGUCAAGUCAACCGGCUUUGCAGUUGGGCCAAAUGUUUGGGUACAUGACAUUUGCAGAAAACGCCAGCAACCGUUUGAUUGAAUUGUUGCAAGACGUACUCCUUUGAAGGCCACCGCCAAAAUUGCGACGCAAUGUAGCUUGGAAGCAAUGCAUAUGCCACCACCCAAAUUGUUAUUGCACAUUAUAAUGGUUAUUUCAAAAUUCAAAAUAUUUAGUUGUACGAAAUAUAUUUGUAUAUAUGUUUGAGUUAGUUACACAAAUUUGAAAUAUAAAAUUUCAACCGGGU